CACACUGAGAGAGAGUUUUGUUUAGUUUUUUUUAUGAUUGCAAACACGAAUUAAACGAUAACGCCAGUAAAGAGCGUCCAACAAGUCACUUGCAAGUCGAUUAGUCGAGGUCGAUAAGAACAUUGUAAAAAGCUCAAGCCGAAGCUUAUCCGGAGAGAGGAGAACGAUUGAACUUCAGAACUGAACUCGAACUUUGUCACCGAGUCGGUCGGUCGGGUCUGUCGUCUUCUUAAUACGUUUACGAAUGGAAUGAAAGAGGAGGAAUCAAUAGCAGAAGACAACACAAUAAAACAGAUACACUGCCUAACAGGAAUUACAACACCGAGAUUGCACAAAUAAUUAGCUGCCCUCAAAGAUGGCCGCCAUUGGGGAACGUUUCCAAGCUGCCGUCAAUGUCAUCAAGGGAUUGCCCAAGAAUGGUCCAUACCAGCCAAGCACCAGCAUGAUGCUGAAGUUCUAUGGCCUCUUCAAGCAGGCCACCGAGGGUGCCUGUGACCACAAGAAGCCUGGCUUCUGGGACGUGGUGGGCAAGGCCAAGUGGGACGCCUGGAAUGACAAUCGACAUCUGAGCAAGGAGCAGGCCAUGCAGCGUUAUGUUGAGAGUCUGCAGGAGAUCAUCGAGACGAUGUCGUUCACAGAGAAUGUGCAGAACUUUGUGGGCAGCCUUGAUGGCCUGGGAAACAUCAAUUUGGACGAACUGGAAUUGGUUUCACCCGGCAUGAGGGAGCUCGCCGAAUCGCAUCCCAACUCUCCGUUCCAUUCGCGCACAAACAGUCCACAGCAUGGCAGCAGCUGUAACGGAGCAGCUGAACCAGAGCUGGGGCCACCAUUAGCCUCAUCGGAGCUGGGCAGCAGCGUGGUGACCAAUGGACUGAGCAAUGGCUACACAAGUAAAACGGCGCAAAACUACAGCCACAGCGACAGCCACAACUAUACGAACAACAGCAGCGUGAACAUUGUGGAGCCGUCGGACGAUGAAUAUGACGAUCCAUAUGAUCUAUCCCACGAGGUCACCCAGGCCAUUGCACAGAACACAGAUCUGCUGCGACAAAUCCAAAGCACAAUUACGCGUAUGAACAACGAUGUGGGCGCCGUGCAGCAGCGUAUGCGCAGCGUGGAACAGGCAUUGACGGAGCUACGCAAUGGCCAAAAGUCGAGAGCAGCGCAACGGCAACAGCCCGCCUGGUGGCCAUUCAAGAAUAUUUCCCCCCUCUGGUUUGCUGUGCUCAUCCUGUGGCCCUUCCUUGUGCGACGAUUUGGUCGACUGUUGCAGACAUCAACCGUCCGCAGACGCUGACGCAAAACGAUGUUUAGACUAGAACGUAUGGCAUGUGGUAGUUAAAUUUUACUGUUUUGGUUACGGGCACAAGCUUGGUCUUUGGCUUUCUUCUAUCCUCGAAAGUGAUGGCUCCAUCUAUUGUACAGAGUUGGCCUUAUUUAUAGUUUUACAACCACUGUGGUUGCCUAUCCCAGUUGCAAUAUUUUAUACUUUUUUUAUAUACGUGUAUAUUUAUUUUUGCGACCUUUAUUUGGAACACAUUCCCAUCUAAUUUAGUUUUUUAAGACGAACUUUUGGCCUCGACCUCGCACCUGGCGUGAAAGGUUGUAAGCGAGCGAACAAUUUAUUGUGCAUUAUUUUUAUUAUAAUUUUUGUAUUAAAGUGAAUGUUUUAGAA